UCGGAGCCGCGGCGCGGACUCCCGGGUGCCCUGCAGGUGCUGGUGUGGCCGCACCGGCAGGCUGGUUCGCUUCCCUGACGCCGGGCUAGGGGCCUCGCCCGACGUGGAAAACGUAACCGUACAUUUGUGAGGCCCUGGCUCUAUUCCUCCCGCCUGUGCUGUUUUUACCUAUGGACGUGGACCCUGGGAAGCGCAGCGCACCGCAGGCCAGACAACCCAUUGACCAAUGAGCAAGGAGGUGAGGUCAUUGAGUGAGUCAGAGGUGCAGCUCUGGGGAACAGAAGAGGAUGACAUGACGGAAGGUGAUCUAGGGUAUGGCCUUGGAAGAAGACCCGGUGGGAUUUAUGAAGUGGACAUUUCACACCUACUUACAUCUAGAAAAAGAUCAGAUGGGAAAAACUUUAGCCCUCCUCCACUUCCAAGCAAGGGGGAAGAAAGAAGUGGAGCCAUUUUUCAGUACUCCAAGCACAAGAGUUUGCAAGAUAGACAUCCUCAAGGGUCCACAAUUGCCAAUUACAGACGACAAAGCAGCACUGAUUCUAAUUCAGAAUUGUCAAAUGAAGAAUUAAGACAGUGUCUUCAUGAAACUUUAGAGGAAGUAGAAAUUUUAAAAACUGAACUUGAAGCAUCUCAAAGACAACUUGAAGGUAAAGAGGAAGCAUUGAAAAUUCUUCAGAGCAUGGCAGUACUUGGCAAAGCCACAAGUCACACCCAGGCAGUGCUUCAAAAAACCAUGGAACAAAAGAAAUCCUUGGAGAAGGAAAUAAAUGCCUUGCAGUGGGAGAUAGAAUUUGAUCAGAAUAGAUUUAAAAACAUAGAAGAAUCUUGGAUGCAAAAAUAUGACAGACUAAACUGUGACAAUGCCAUCCUCAAAGAGGAUUUGAAAGUGAAAACAGCAGAAAUUAAAACACUGAAGUCUGAAAAUGCAGUUUUGAAUCAACAGUAUUUGGAAGCCCUCGCCAUGCUUGAUAUUGAACAGCAGAAAAUUGCUCAGGAAAACAUAUGCCAGGAUAAAAGUGGCUUUACAGAGGUAUCAAGUCUUGAGCUGGCAGUCCUCGGAGCCUGCCUGUGUCACGGCCCUGGAGGGAGCCCCUGUUCUUGUGCUAAAAUGGCGGCAUCCACCCGGAAACUGGUUCUUCAGCUCAAACACGAGCUGGCACUUUUGCAGAAGAGUAAAGAAGAAGCUUACGUAAUGGCAGAUGCAUUCAGAAUUGCAUUUGAGCAACAAUUAAUGAGGAAAAAUGACCAGGCAUUAAGAUUGACGCAAAUGGGUAAAAUAUGUAAAAAAGCAACAAAAUGGAUAAGUUGGAGGCACCCUAAAGAGGAUGGAUAUUCAUCUCUAAGGAGUAAGAAGACCUUAGGGCAGAAACUAUUGAGUAUGCUCCCUUCAGAGAAUGACUCUAAGAUGGCUGAAGACCUGGACAACCCUCAGGAAGUCUUGAAGAUGCUAAUAGAUUUGUUGAAUGAUAAAGAGGAAGCACUGGCUCAUCAAAGAAAAGUCAGUUACAUGCUUGCUCGGGCAUUGGAAGACAAAGACACUGGCUCAAAUGAGAAGAAAGAAAAAUGUCCUAUGAAAGAGAACGCCCCAUUCAAGAACUCCUGGCAUAAAACUUCAGAAUUCUCUGUUUUGCAUGAUCCUGUACAUUCAGGUUCCCAAAUCUUUGAUUCCGUGGGUUGCAUUCGUUCAGUUCAGCACCUUCAAACAGAUCUAAACUACUCAAAAACUCUUAAACGGUCCCGUUCUUUACCACUGAGUAUCAUAUUCUGAAAACAAACCAGAUGAAAUUAGAACUGAGAGCAGUUAACGUCAAGAGAUUUUGGGCUGGAAGUGUAGCUCAGUGAUGGAGUACUUGCCUAGCAUGGGCAAGGCUCUUCAUUCCAUCCCCAGCACAUGAAAGAUCCUUUGAAAAGGCACAAAUAUUGCUACAUCUUGAAAAGUUGUAU